AACCAGUUAUUAUUGCAGACAUGGGCCAAGGAGCCAGAGGCCGCCCAGAGGCCCAGGGUCUGUGAGCCAGUGUGAGAGGCUACAGGACGCAGGGUCAGCAUGGGGACGGCCGCCCUGGCUUCCUUCUGGGGGGUGCUCCUGCUCCCUCUCUUGGUGGUGGGGGUCCCCACCGAGGAGCCCACCUCUGGGGAAGCUGUGGCCUCCAACCCUCCCGGGGGCUGCCGGCAGUGCUGUGACCCUGAGGACCCUCUGGCCCUCGCUGAUGCUGCAGGUGCGUCCUCGGCCUCUCGGCCCGCCGUCCCGUAUGUCCUGCCCGAGGUCAGGCCCUACAUCAAUAUCACCAUCUUGAAGGGUGACAAAGGGGACCGAGGCCCACUGGGUGCACCAGGGAAGCUGGGCCAGGAGGGCCCUCAGGGGGACCGUGGCCCACAGGGCACCAAGGGCAGCAAGGGGCAGGCGGGCAGCCCGGGCAGCCCAUGCCAGAUGCGCUUCUCGGCCUUCUCGGUGGGCCGCAAGACGGCCCUGCACAGCAGUGAGGGCUUCCAGCCGCUGCUCUUCGACACGGUCUUCGUGAACCCGGAUGGGCACUUCGACAUGGCCAGCGGCCGCUUCGUGGCCCCCCUGAGCGGGCUGUACUUCUUCAGCCUCAACGUGCACAGCUGGAACUUCAAGGAGACCUACGUGCACGUGGUGCACAACGAGGAGGCGGCCGUCAUCCUGUACGCGCAGCCCAGCGACCGCAGCAUCAUGCAGAGCCAGAGCGUGAUGCUGGCCCUGGCGCCCGCCGACCACGUCUGGGUGCGGCUCUUCAAGCGCGAGCGUGAGAACGCGGUGUACAGCGACGACGUGGACACCUACAUCACCUUCAGCGGCCACCUCAUCAAGCCCGACGACGACUGAAGGCCACCCCCCCGCUCGCGCCCCGUGAGGCAGCUCAGGUGCUGGGAGGCCGUGGGCAGGCCCCACCCCUGCAGGGCUCGGUCCACACCUCUGUAAACCAGGGAGGCCAGGGUGGUCCCAAGGACCCGGCAUUCCAGGAAGCCCUCCUCCUCUUUCCUCCCGUCAUCAUCCUCCGGGUCUGCUUCUGUCUUUCCCCUCUUGGACGUAUUUCGACACUUUACCCUAAAUAUUCAAGAACCUCCCCAACCUUGUAGCCCAGCACUUCUCAGACCUGAACGUGCGUGUGAUCACUCUGAGAGCGCGCUGAGAUGCAGCCUCGGGCUCAGCAGCUCUGCAUUUCUGGCAAGUUCCUGGGUGAUGCUGUGGCUACUGGUCUCUGAACAACACUUGGUAAUCAGGUUCUAGAACCUUCCCAACAUUCCAUUGGGUCAUGGGAUUCAGUCACGAUGUAUUUUUCUAUGCAAAAAUGUGUCAUGACUUUUCCAAUGACCCUAGUAUUUUCUAGACAGUCUGGGGUCCUCGGAACAUUCUAGAAUUCUCCGGACAUCCUUAAAUUCUCUCAUGGCUCUGAUUCUGCCCCUCCUCAGUUCUCCUUGCCCCUUCCCUGUCUCCUACAUUUGCCUCCUCUCCUCGUUGCCUCCAGCUCUGUAGCUGCCAGCAUUCUUUUAGUCAUUCAUCAAACACGAGCAGUCCCUAUGCCGGGCCCUUGGAAAGGCAAGAUGAGUCAGCCACAGGCCCUGUCCCCACCCUCAGUGAGUGCUGGGGGCAGGGCCUGUGGCAGAUCAAUGGCCACAACCCAGAGGAGGCAGAGUUCCCCUACGCAGCUCUGUGGUCCAGGCAUGCACCCUGGUUCCCCACUGCUCCCCAAGGCUGGUGGAAUAGGGGUCCCUUUUCCAUUUUGCCUUCCUGCCCAGUGCCCAUCAGUAAAUCAACCAAGGCCAAGGUCCUAUCAGAGACAACUCAGGAGCUCGGGGGCAUUUGGAGAUACAAGAGUCCCUAGGAAAUAAAACCCAGGCUCCUGCCUCCCCACACAGUUGGCAUGGUGACCUCUGAGAAGUCCUACCCUUCUCGCUGGUGUCCCUCCCCUGCCCUCUCCCAGUUCUGCCUGGACCUUGCUUGGCCCCUUUUGCCAAGGGUGUUGGAGCCGCAGUUUCCCCCAGCACACUGACAUCUGAGGUGCUCUCCGGCCCUCCAGGCCUCCCGUCAGUGCCCCACUUUCCAGGCUUUCUCCAGGUGCUAAGGCCGGGCAGGCACUCUCCACAGCCUGGUGCUGCCCUUGCUAGUACGGGUGGGUGCUGGGCCAGAGCGGGAGGCAGCAGGCUCUGGAGCCCUCGGCCAGCUAGGGUCUUGAGUAGGCAGCCCUCCUGGUCAGCCGGGCCUUCUCUGAGCCAGGCUGCCAAGGGCAGCACUGUGAGAGGCCGAGGCAAAAGAGGGGACACCAGGCUCCUGUCCUAGGCCCUCCAGCCCUCCUCUUCCCACCCUGGGCACCUGUCCUUCCUCUCCCCGGUGGGGUGGCCUGAGGCCCUCCAGCCCUCCUCUUCCCCACCCCGGGUGCCUGUCCUUCUCAGAGGGAGGCAGCCUCCCCGUUUGGUGCUUACGCAGACUCUGGGCAGAGGUGGCCCUGGGAGUGGUCUCGGUGCUACGGCCCAGAAGGCCCGGUGAGAGGUGCAGGGCCUGACCCAGUGUUACGAGGCCGGUGCUAUAAAACCACCCCAGCCUGACCGCCCCUCCCCACUCGCCCAGCGUGAUUAAAGGGUGCUGUGUCCUCUUGG